UGGUGCAUGGACCGUGGAGGAUACGGGCAGAAGAUGGCUGACUUAGCCGGGCACCGCAAGCCCUCGGCGGCAUCACCACCAGCGUCACACGGGCUGCUGAAAAGCUGCAAGACAUCCGCCGUCUGGCGACUGUAAACAGCUGCCGCUGCCUCUCUCACCCUCUCUUUACCCCCUCUUCAACCGCAAAUAUUGACAGAAGUAUCUCAGAGGAAACAUGGCAGAGAUGGAAAAAGAGGGCAGACCUCCGGAAAAUAAAAGAAGCCGAAAACCAGCUCACCCGGUGAAAAGGGAAAUAAAUGAAGAGAUGAAGAGUUUUGCAGAGAACACCAUGAAUGAGCUGCUGGGCUGGUACGGCUACGACAAGGUGGAGCUGAGAGACUCUGACAACCUGGAGAUAGGCGAGACUCCACAGCACAUCUCUGUCCUCAAAGAAAACUUGUUGCCAAAAAUCCCAGCUUCAACUGAGAGCAGUGAAGGCUCUCCGGAUCGAGCCAACAGCUCCCAGUGUUUGCCAGCUUCUAGGAAUGGAGUCACAGAGUCCUCCAACACACCGUCCACCUCCAUGCCCGGCACCAAGGAACAUGGCAACCUGCCCAUCAUAGUUCCCAUGAUCCCCCCGCCACUGAUCAAGCCCCCCGCAGAUGAAGAUGCAUCCAAUAUGCAGAUCAUGUGCGCCUGGUGCCAGAAGAUCGGUGUCAAACGCUAUUCUCUGAACAUGGGGAGUGAGCUGAAGAGUUUCUGCAGUGAGAAGUGCUUUGCCGCCUGCCGCAGAGCCUAUUUUAAGAGAAACAAGCUGGGAUAUAUAAGGAAUUACGCUGCGAGAGACGACGAUGGCCUCGGUGGGAAAUUACCCCAGCACAGCUUUACUCAGGACACGCCCAGGCUUGUCUUCAAGACAAACAGCGAUGUGCUUGUGUGUGACUGGUGCAAACAUAUUCGCCACACUAAAGAGUACCUGGACUUUGGUGCUGGUGAGCGGAGGCUGCAGUUCUGCAGUGCCAAAUGCCUGAACCAAUAUAAGAUGGACAUUUUCUACAAGGAGACCCAGGCUGCGUUGCCUGGAGGAUUGUGUAACCCAGGACACGGGGUUGGUGGGGAGGGUAAAAUGGAGUGCAGUGGAGGGGUACAGCUGCUCACUCCUGAAUCUUGGGGGACACCGUUAACGGACCUCCGGCGUAAAGCUCCCUCACCAGGGGGGCCUUCCUCCAACUCUGCAUUGGCCCCUUCCACUUCUUCUGCCACCUCACCUUCAGACACUGUUCCUAUCUACUCCCCAUCCUCCUCAUCCAGACCCCACGAGAGCCCCACACUUCACCCUCCGCCUAUUCCCACUUUGCACCCACCUGUCGGGGUUCCUCCAGGUAGCCCUCCCAUGGUGAUGACACCCCGGGGACCCAUGCCCCUGCCUCUGUUCAUGGAGCAUCAACUGAUGCAGCAUAUGCAUCCACCAUAUCUUCGGCCCUCUGCCCACCCAGGAGGGCCCCAUAGCCCCAUGUCAAACCCUAUGAUCCCUGGUAUUGGUCCACAUCCUCCCAGGACCAUGGGCUCAGCAUCAAGCCCCAUGCACAGGCCUCUGAUGUCUCCACAUGUACACCCCUCAUCCAAUCCAAACCCUGGCAUGAUGCCCCCCCACCCCGGUCUCUCUAUGCCAGGUCUCCCCCCUUUCCCAAACAUGAUGCCCAAUGGACGCUAUCCUCUGCCCCCAAUGAUGAACUUUGGCAUGCCAUCCUUGUCGCCAUUGGUACCCCCACCAACUCUCUUGAUCCCUUACCCUGUCAUUGUACCGCUCCCAGUCCCAAUCCCUAUUCCAAUCCCAAUUCCCUUUAAUCCCAGAACUUCCAUACACCAGCCGGAGAGAAGAGGCACCUUUCGCAGUGCUCCAGAAUCCUCUGAAGCUUCAGCUUCUCAGCCCCAUUCUCCAGGUUCCUCUGGAGCUGACAGAGGGGAACAGAACGUAGAGCCAGCUGGUGCAGAGCGUCUUUCUCCUGUACGUUCAGGGAGAAGCAGGACGGCGCUGGUGGACUUGACUGUGAAGUCGGAGGACAAUUUGGGCAACCUGUGUCUAACAAGCUAUGGACUGAUGGACGGGGUGAUUGAUCUAACUGUGGGCCAGAGGCCAUGCCAACAGCAGGUAAUUAAGAGGAUGCUACCUGUGGUCCAGGUCAAAGUAGAGGCAGAGGCUGAAUCAAGAUCUCCACCAGUUGCUGGCCUAAGUUGGGAAGGAAAGGGCAGACAUGAUCGGGGGGAAGGGGCCCUCUCACAGGGCCUCCUCAGUUCUACGGAGCUGGAAGGGGUCACACACCCAAGCACACUAGAAUCAUCCAGCCCACCCUCCAGCAACAGCAGCCCUUCUUGCCAUGAUGAUGCGCCAGUGAGCCAGCUAAAUCUAUGUAUAUCUAACCGUACCCCACCACCCUUGCCAAGCAGAGCACGGACCCAGCUCCAACACCAACCCCACCUCCAGACUAGCCCUGCUGCCCCAUGUAAUGUCAUAGUCAAUGGUACGGGAUGGCAUUCACUUCUCACUCCUGCCUUUGAGUCUGACCGAAAAGGUGAAAACCGUGGAGAAGGAGAGGCAGAGGAGCAGCCAGCCAAUGGUGAGCUAGAGCAUGAGGCACUGAAAGAGAACAAUUGCUCAGUUGGAGAUUGGGAUCCGGGGAAGCGGGGCUCAUUGCAAGACGAGAUAGUGGACACAGUGGAGGGUAAGCCAGAUCCUGACUCCAACAUGGAGGAGGGUGAGCACGCCUAUGCCCUGCCACUGCUGUCCACCGGAGGCUGUGUGGUCAUCCAGCCUGUGCCAAAGCCCGGCGCUGACAAGACGGCCAUCCUGUCCUGCUCCAUCAGUGCCCCCUUAUCAGCAGAUGGGAGCCCCGAGCUGGAGCCCCCGCUAAAGAGAAGGUGUCUGCGAAUCCGCAAUCAAAACAAAUGAGAUGGACACUCUGAGGACCACAGUGCUAUCAACGACACUCACUUGUCCACCCCCCACCUCCAAAUCCACCCCUCCCAAUGACAGCACCGCACAUGUGCACACACACACAUACACUUUUUUCUCAUCCCUCACUCAUUGUCCAGUCUACCAGCACCACAAAUCGCCUUCGACGACUGAUGAGAGUCCAACCAAACAUGUUGAUGUGUAUCAUAGGAGAGGGGACAGGACUCCUUUUGUCUGAGUGACUGACGCUCUGAUGGACUGAACUUCUACAGACUUUGAACUGAAGACAGUAUAUCCCUGCAACAGGAGGACUUUACCCCGCUGCUUCUCUCCUCAUUUAAAGAUUCUCAGCCCACACUGCCCCUUAUACAAUAUGCACUCUCCCCUAUAAAAGCAAGAGCUCUCCGUAUUGUCUGUUACUAUGGAACACACCAGAGUGAUUAGUGAAGGAGCCCCAAAGAGAGAUUUCCAUCGCUCAAUGAAAUGUUCCUGUUUCGGUCCAACCUGGUGCCACACCAAAGGUACAAAAUCUCUGCUCCAGUAAGUGUUGUUUUUUUUCUAACACAACUUGUCACUAAGGUAUUGACCGAUUUCACAAAGUUUAGAUUGUAGAGCCACAGAGCUGGCAAAAUUUCUUUUGCAGAAAUUCUGCUGUAUCUAACCAACAAAAAUGUACUUGCCAACCUGACACAAAGUGUUCUGGAUUGUUCUGAUGGAUGGUAGAUAGAAAGAAGUAUGAAUACAGUUAAUGCAAUGACUGAAGGACAAUUAACAUAUAUAUAUUUCAAUCAGAGGCUGGGAAACUGUCCUUGGACAUAAAAUCACCAGAAUUAUUCCUACUUUAUGAACAAACUGGAGGAUCAAAUAUUAACCUUCACCAGCAUUUAAUGGUGUGUGGGUGGAAUCAUACAAUCUCUGCCAUUGCCCUGUAGCAUCCGUUUGUUUGCUCUUAAACGCCACUGAAUUGAAAAAUAUGUUGUUCCACAAGAAUGAGACAGAGUUGUCAUGAUAAUCAUUCCUGACAUUUUCACGCCCUUUGGAAUGCCGCCUAUGUGCUUAAACAGUAAGCCAUACCAGUAACGGUAAUGGGCCCCCUGCUGUUUUAGAACAUUUCAAAGCUUACUGCACCUCCAAAAAAAAUGGGAUGGCGUGGCAAUGUAGAAACUCUGCCAACCUGCAGUGUGCACUUGCUACCGCAGGCUAGUACUUCAUCUUUUCUAUAAUACAUUACCAGUGAUGUUUCUGUAAUGGGCUAGUUUGAGACUGACUGCGCUGAAUUUAGAGGGGGCAGAGUGAAUCCAGCUCUUUCAUAAAUAAUUAUUGUGGGGGGACCUGAAGGAACACUACACAUUUUUUUUCUACAAUAAACACACUGAAGCCAAAUUCAUUUGGGAAAUUAUUUAAGAAAUAUUUGAAACAAUGCCUCUUGCUUGUCUUGCCAAGUUCCUUAAUUAUUUGCCAAUUAUUGUUUGUUUUUAUCCAAAUUUAUAGCCAGCAUUGUCCUUUAUUCUGUGGCACGCUCUAUGUACAGCUUUGGGCAAUUUAAAGGUGACAUAUCAUGAAAAACUCCGUUUUUCAGUGCUUGUUCAGACACAUUUGGGUAUCUGGAGAGCCUAUCAACCCACAAACUGCAAAAUAAGACAACCCAGUCAGUUUUUUGUGUUCUUCCUCGGUCCUUGGAUUCCAUAAGCAAUUCAGAUUUAGCUCCACUUCCUAUGUCACAUGCAGGCUCAUUAGAAUAUCAAGUAAUUCUGAGCAGACUGGGCUUUUUUAGUAGGGGGACUUAAAGAGACAGGCGCUUAAUCGGUGUGUUUCAGACAGAGGGUGAAUACUGGUAUCUUCAAACAGAGAGUAUGGGAAAAAUAAUGUGUUUUUUGAACAUUAAAGCAUGUAGACAUGUUAUAGUAGAAACCCAAAAUACAAUUAUGAACCUGAACAUUAGCAAGAUAUGUCCCCUUUAAGUGAAUGCAACACAACUGUCACCCAUACAGUUUGGUCUGAUCCAGUUACACUGCAGCUUAAGCCUGUGAGCUGGGACAUCCAACAAAGCCAGCAUUUAGUUUACACUCCUAUGGAGGAGGUACAUUGUACCAGUGCGAGACAAGGUAUUAUCAUAUGCCAAAGGCCUCUGGUGUGUUGAAACAAAACAUGUCGGCAAUUUUUCAGUGGAAAUGGAAUUUCAAACUGAAGAUUUGACUAGAUAAUUUAUAGUUGCCAAAAUAACAAGCACUUAGUUUUUCAAAAGAAAGGAAGAUACAGGAGAACACAAGUGGAUGUGAAAAACAGUAUUACCGUGUUGUCUCUCUUUAUGGUUUAAUCAAUCCAUAAAGGAUACGUCACACUGCAAGUAGGGUGAAACACAAAUCUCGGUUAAAAAGAUAAUGCAGGACUUAAAUGAUCCUUAGAGGGACAGUGACUGCAAAGCAAUGUACACAUCUAAUGUAACUCUUGAUUAAAGUGACCACAAAAUCAAUAGUAUACAUUCCUCUUACCUGUAGCGCUUAUCAUUCUAGAUUGUUUAUGUGUGAGUUACCGAGUGUUGGAGAUAUCAGCUGUAGAGAUGUCUGCCUUCUUUUGAAUACAAUGGAACUAGAUGGCACUCAGCUUGUGGUGCUCAAAGCUCCAAAAAAUACAUUUGGAAAACUCAAUAGCAAUGUCUCUUUCCAGAAAUCAUGACCUGGUUACUCAAGAUAAUCCACAGACCUGUUGUGAGCAGUUUCAUGGUAAUAGGAAAAAUGUGUAUCUUUAAUUUUGGGGUGAAAUGUCCCUUUAAACAUGAGUUACAUUAGAUUUGUACAUUGCUUUUCAGUCCCAUCCUAUCACUGUUUUCCCUGUAGCCUUUGUUUAUUUUUUCUGUCAUCACUCUGUGAUUCAUCCUGUGUCCAUAUGAGGCCCGACAUUUACUGACUAGACUCACAUACACACAUAUUCACACAUAUUCACACAUAUUCACAUGUCACAAGCAUACCUACAGUACUUACGUCACACACACAAUGCAUAUAGUAAAUGUAACUGUGUGUAUGUGUUUGUGUGAGGCAGGUGCAAGCAGAGAGCACAGUUGAGAUUACAAAGUGUUGACUCAGAGUAAGCAGUGUGCAACUCUAUCUGUUGCCUGUUAGUCAGGCAUUUAGGCUUAGCUUGCCGCCUGCCAAGGCCCAGCUUUGGUGUCACUUUAAGCAUUUCCUUGUCCCCGCUUCAUUUCUCUGCAGUGAAAUUGCUCUUUUUAAACUACCCGUUUCUGUCUUGUCUACCUUCUUCUGAAUUUGUCCAUAAGUAAAGAUAUACCUUUCUGGAAUUAUUUCACAGAUAUCCAUAAGCACAGCAUUUCUAUAGAGAAAUGAAAAUAAAAUAAAAUGCCCACUUUGUGUAGCUUUUUAGAAUGUAAAGUCCCCCCAGGUUGCAAAAACAUACAGAGGAAGUAUCCUCAAUGGUAGCUACAACCCUGUACAAAACUGAGCCAUUGAUACAGCCCUGUCCUUUGUCUGAAGCAGGACAGUUUACAGUUUACUAUUUGUUUGUGUUUGGGCCUGCACCAUGCUGGUAAAAAGAAUGCGGAAGACUAUUUUGUCAUUUGAGGAGAACAAAGUUUUCAAAAUGAUCCAUGUGUUCUGAUUAGCUCCUUUAUUUACUACUCCAAGCUCACACUUUAGCAUACUGCACUGAGUUUACAGGCUGCUAGCAUCUCAAAAACAGGAAGACCGACCUUGUAAAGGAAAAGAAAAGUGUCAGUCGGUGUUUGUUGUGAUAUGACAUGCAGACUGAUAAUGUUUUUGUCCUGCUAGUGGAGACGAAUGAUGGCUAUGUGGGCAGGUUGCCAUAAAAUGUUCUAAUCACGUCGAAGUUAAUCAGAGGAUGAACCCUUUCUAAAUUUGGACUCUCCAUGAGCUGUCCUCUAGCGCCACCUUCAGGACAAAAUGUCCACUUCAUGAAAUACAUAAACUUAAUGGCCAAAUUUCAAUUAAAGGAAUAGUUUAACAUUUUGGGAAAUAUGCUUAUUUGCUUUCUUGCUGAAAGUUAAAUGAAAAGAUUCUUACCACACUGCCAGCUGUCGGUGAGUUUAGCUUAGCAUAAAGAUUGGAAACGGGGAAAAACAGCAAAAAAGAUAUUUGCCUACCAGCAUCUCUAAAGCUUACUAAUUAACCCACUGUAGUGUUGACAUCAUGAUGACGUCAUGGUGUUAGCUGGAGGCAAAACAAAGGAAAGACUUAAACCAAAGCCGUAUUAACUCACAGUAGUAGUCUAAAAUUACACAUAGAAAAUGGCAUCUUGCCGUGUUGAUGGGUUCCAGAAACAAAGGAGUAGGCCAUGGCUCCAGCUUGAGUGUCCUACAUACCUCUGGGAUGAAAAACUGAUUUGAGGCUCUGGCUAACUACACUAUCUGCAAGGCGUUUUAGAGAUGGUGAGAAACCAUUAGAAUAGUUUAGCUUAACCUUCUGCUAGCAUUAGCCGUCACGGCUGCUGAACCGCAGCAACUUUUUCUGCAUAGUUAUAUACAGUACAUCCAAAGAUGUACUUUGUACACCCUUAGUCUCUCUUUACUUCGUACGCUUGGUUUCUCUAUCAGGUGUGUAACUGUCUGACCAUUGAGUCAGCGUGUAGUGGGCCCCCAAUCUUGUCCCAUUGGUUAAUGUCAACUUUCUCAAGUAACACUAUAGAGAAACUCGUAUUUAUCUUCAGCCAUUGUUGAAAAACUAGCCAACAAAACUAGUGUGCCAACGUUAGCUAAUGUGUUCAAAAAAAUGUUUUGCCUCCACCUACGCUCAGCUCCACAAAAAAAGGGCAUCAUGUUAUAGAGUACAGUUACAGUUUUCAUGCUAAGCUAGCUUCAUAAGUGCAUUUCCUAAAAUGUUGAUUCUUGCUUUAAAUUAGCUUCCCAGAGGACAAAUGCUAAUUGUUUUUCCUGACCCUUCUUCUCGUUCCACCAUCGGGCUAAACUUACGACUUUUGUCACGCUUCUCUCCCAUAAUUUCUUGAAGUAAGUCAUUGUCUUUACGAGAAGUUUCAGACUGAUAUAAAAAGGUUAAGGUUCAAUUUUUGCUGAGGAACAAACCAAAAUAUUUAGUUAUGUCUGCUUUUUCUCCUGCUUCACACCGUUACACACACAUUCAGACACACUCACAGACAAAACAACCUACAUGUUACGUCUGACUCUAAUCUGCACCCUGUUGUGUUGGCGUUGCAAACGGUAAACUGUCCAUGUCUGAGACAGAUAUUGAAGAUAUGAGAGUCUAACUCUCAUGUGGAAAUCCUGGACCACUGAAUCAGUCUUUGUGAUGGCAAACAGACUUGUGACAAAUCUCCAGCAUUCCUUUUUUUGAUGAUGUACUACAGGUAUGGUCAACAGCCUGAAUUAUGCAAUGACAACUAACUCCAACCCUAAUAUAGACGAGUGGUCCACAAACAAAAUAAAACAUGACAUGACUUCAUGUUACUUUUCAAAAACAACAGAGAAGUUGCCUUAACUCUUGCUUAUAUAAUCUCCACAGUUAAGACAAUGAUGCUCGCUUGUAAAGAAGACUCUCCCUUCUUUGUACAAAAUGAAAUAUACCAGAAACAACAACUUUGUUAUCUUGCUAGUGUUAAUGUAUAGAUGAUCAGCUUUUUUCUGUAACUUGUAUGGACCGUCACAUUUUUGCUAAGAAGAAACCCUCCUCCUAACUUCCUCGUUCCUAAACAUCCAAUCUGUUUAACGUUUUAACUCGUGGUGGACUGUCAAUCUUUUUGUGUACAUUUUAUAGUAUUAUUUAUUGUUGACAAGUUUUGCAUUUGCAAAUAAUAAAAAAAAGUGAAGGUGGUUUGACCUGAGCAUUCUAUUCCAAUGUAAAUGCCUGGUGAACAGUGAAAAGCUUUUUUAAUUAUUAAAAUGGAGAAAACAGUGAUAUGAGGAGAUGAUCUUCUGUCUUUUUAUUAUGACGUUGUAACAUGUACAUAACAUGUGGCCAAAGUUGCUUUGGAAAAUAAUCAUUUUUUGUGUUGUAACAGUAUUUGUUUUUUCCAGUGAAUUGCUCAUGAAGACAAAUAAAUAAGAGGCAC